AUGACUAGUGAAAUUCACUCUUUCUUUGAUAAUAAGGAUUAAUUGAAGGAUAAGAUUUGGACGAAGUUUUGCAAAAUUUAGUAUAAAAAUGAUAGCAUAGAAUACAAGACUGAAUGCAAUAGAUUGAGCAAAACUCAUAAGGAAUUAAAACCAUUUAGCAUUUAAAUUGGCUAGGAAACUUUAUAUGCCUUCAAAAAUGAAUAACCUUAAGGAAUGCUUUAGCUGACUGUUACAGUCAUGCUAUUUAAACGAUACAACGAUCAGGAGUACAUUAGAUUGCAGAGAAAUGGCCAGUAUGUGGAUAUUGUCCUUGAAAACUUAGAGUAACUGAAGAAGGCCUUAAUUGACAAGUGUAUAUUGACGACUUUCCAUAAUGAUUUUUAAGUCCUCAAAAUGAUCGGAAAGGGAAGUUUUGCCAACGUAUAUCUAGCCAAAAGGUAAUCAAAUGGAGUUCAGUACGCAGUGAAAGCAUUUAGCAAACUCUACAUACAUGGUCAGUUUAGAGGAAGGGAAGGUUUAGAAAAUGAGAUAAGAGUGAUGAGGAGAUUGAAUUAGGAGAACAUUCUGCAUCUCUAUGAAGUGCACGAAACAUAAAACUCUAUAUAUUUUGUAUUGGAUUUAUUGGAAGGAGGGGAGUUAUUGAGAAGAGCUCAAUCAAAAAUUUAUACAACUCAGAAAAUCUAAAAAUUGAUGUACAACUUAUUAAAAGCCCUAUUUCAUAUGCAUUCUAAGAAGUGCAUGCACAGAGAUUUGAAACCAGAAAACUUGUUAUUGAAGAGUAAAGAUAAUGAUACUGAUAUCGUUAUUGCAGAUUUUGGUCUUGCUCAUAUAAUGGAUCAAUAGCCACUCUAUAAAAGAUGCGGGACUCCAGGAUUUGUAGCUCCUGAAAUAUUGAAGUAUAACGAUUAUGGUCCCUUUUAUAAUGAAAAAUGCGAUGUCUUUAGUGCAGGAGUUAUAUUCUACUUGAUGAUUACUGGAAUCCAACCUUUUAAAGGGUAUGAAUAUAAGGAGAUAUUAAAAUCAAACAAGGUCUGUCAAAUCAAUUAUGAUAUUCAACAAUUAAACAAGUGCCCUUAAAAUCUGAGGAGUUUACUGAAACUAAUGUUAAAGGCUGAUCCAACUGACAGAUGCUCUGCAGAGGAGUGUUUGAAACAUGAAUACUUUUAAGAAAUCUAUAAUUAAGAUGAUUUAAUGGAUAACAAGGACAAUUUGCAAAAAUAUGAAAUGGAAUUCAAUUCACCUCUACUAAGAAAGAAUUCUUCGGAAAGUUAAGAAGGUUCGAUGUUAUUACUGAGUAAAUAAUAACAAUGGAAUGGUUAGACUGAGACAAUAGGAUCUUUGUCCAAUUGUUCCAAUGUCAGUUCGAAUAAUAAGGCUGAUAAGUAAUAGUAGCCUUAUCUAUCUAAAUUCAGUCAAUUCUGUUCACAAAUGAAACAGGAGGGGUUGGUUUAAAAUAAUUAAAAUUCUAAGAAAAAGAGAAAUCGCCAAGAUCUACACAAAUUCGCAUUACAAAACAGUUAUCAACAAAAGUAAAAAAGUAAAGAUGAUGAUUAUGUGAUUGAUGAUGAAUCAUCAGGCAUUGAUAACUAAUUGUCUUAAUUAAAUGCUUAAUAGCCAAAAAUGGGAUUUUUAAAGAAGAGUCAGUCUUUAGAUGUAGAUUGA